GAUGCAGAUUAGAGCUGCCCUCAACCAUCAGACACAGGCACAGUUUAGACAGUAUGCAGAACAACAGUACCCAGAUAAUAAAGACAUGCAAGAUGAACUGAUCAAGCAGCUUCAAGACCAACAUUUCCAGCAGUACAUGCAACAGGUUUACCAACAGCAGCUGUUACAGCAACAACAACAACAGCAGACAUUAUCCUCAUCUGCCCUGUCUAAUGGCAUCACCAGCAGUACCAUUGCUACUAACAACAACAUUUCACCAAUCCCGGAUGGCGUCACACCAAUUGCUACAGGCGGUGAGGGUGAAGAAGAAUACAGCCUAACAGCGGCCUCAAUGUGGACUCGCAAAGAUAUUAAAGAAUUCAAAGAAUCUUUGGUGAAGGAUAAAGAAUCUGUUAUUAAAAUAGGUUCUGGAGAAACAGUCACGGUGAGAGUGCCCACACAUGAAGAUGGGACUUGUCUGUUCUGGGAGUUUGCCACAGACUACUACGAUAUAGGUUUCGGGGUGUACUUUGAGUGGUCCGUGUCUCAGACCAAUACAGUCAGUGUUCAUGUCAGCGAGUCCAGUGAUGAGGAAGAUGAAGAGGAUGAAGCAGCAAAAACAGAAGAAGCCAAGGUGGGAGAUGUUGAAAAAGGCUCGUCCAAGAAAUUAGAAAACAGACCACCAACAGACGAGAUCAUCCCCGUCUACCGUCGGGACUGCCAUGAAGAGGUUUACUGCGGAAGUCAUACAUAUCCUGGCCAGGGUGUUUACCUUCUCAAAUUCGACAACUCGUAUUCGUUAUGGCGAUCCAAAACCCUCUACUACAGAGUAUAUUACUCUAGAUAA